UUGGGCUCUCGGCUCUUCCAGUCUCGCUGCCGUCACCACUCAACCCAGCAAACUGAUAGCCACGCCUCCCGGUUUCUAAAUUGGUGAGUCUUCGCUUCAAGAUUUCUACUACAUUUUUGAAAUAUUAACGCUUGGACUUUCCAUUAGUUGAUCGGCUUAAUUGAUUGGCUUUAGCUUAAUAAGUACUUAAUUAAGAAACAAAGUUGUAUAUUAUGCUGAAAUACUUUUGAUUUUCUGAUUAUUUUGGUAAUUUAUUGAAGAGUUAAAGUUUUUUAUUUGUGUGCAAACUAGUAGCAUUCAAACUCUAGGGUAUAAUUGUUGAAAUCAUUCAUAUCCAAUAUUUGAAUGUUUUUGUCAUGUUAUCAGUUUUGUCUGAUUUCUGCACUUAAUUUGUGUAUGCCAAUGAAGGGUUUCAUUAAUUACUAUGUUGGGACAUGAUUGUUAUAUAUGGGUUUAGUCGUAUUGUUGUUUUAAUCAUCUGUAGUAUUAAGCAACAAGAUCUUUGUGAACCAACACAAUAGACAAAUUAUUGAUUCAUUUAGCCCAUCCCAACUCCAACCUCUACUUAUUGAAAUUAAGGGUUAGUUGUUGUUUUUGUUUUACUUUAACGGCCAAUUUGAUUAUUGAUAACUAUGCCGUCAAAGAAGCAAUUCAACGAAAAGCUUAUGCUUAUGGUUGAGGCCCCAGGAUAUAUUAUAUACUCUAACACACCCUCUAACAUGAAAGUCCAUUGGGCUAGAAGUGUGAAUGCGCAUAGGCGCUGAAUAUUCCACUUGAAAUGAGGGGUGAUUGAGAUUCGAACCCGUGACCUCUUGUUAUGGUGAUUGAGGCCCUAGGAUAUGUUAUAUACUCUAAUAUAUGCUUGUUCUACUCUUGUCUUAUUUUUUUCUUCACAAAAUUCAAAUUCAUAUAUUACCAUUUGAAAAUGUGGUUUUUGGUGCUAUCGGAAAAUUGUGAAGAAAAAACAUGGAGUGACACAACGCAUUUUAUAAAAAUUAACACUAAAACUUAUUACCAUUACCACCUUUUAAUACUAUUGACCAAACACACAAACACCCUGUUAUUGUCAUACUAUUAUACAACUCUUUUCAAGUUCUAUUAUGCUGUUAGAAUCGAGUUCUUUAAAGGACAAGAUGAUAAAGAUUUUUCCUUGAGUUUUUAACUUGUCAAAACAGGUUUAUAGCUGUUUUUUGAUAGGCAAUUAGAUACAGCUGCAAAAGUACUCAAAUGAGUGAAAAGAAUAGUAUUUGCUCAGAAGAACUAAAGACAUUAUGGGAGGAAGUUAGGGAGCUAAGCCUUGGUACCUCAAACCAGGUUGAACGGCUUGAUGCUCCUCCUUUUCCUGUUGAGUUUCUUAGAAAUUUUGUGACUCCGAACAAGCCUUGCAUCAUUGCCAAUGCCCUUGAACACUGGCCCGCCCUUUCAUUAUGGUCUUCAGAUGACUAUCUUUGUCAAUCACUUGGGUCAGCAAAGGUGUCUGUCCAUCUAACCCCAAAUGGACGAGCUGAUUCUUUAGUCCCUCACCCGGAAGACCCUUCCUCACGUUGCUUUGCUUCUGCACAUGUAGAAUGCAUGUCCUUUCCUGAUGCUUUCCGCCUCAUAACCAAUCCUCGAGAGAAUGAAAAUGUUGUGGCAUAUGCUCAGCAGCAAAAUGAUUGCUUUCGGACUGAAUAUCCAGUUUUGGCUUCAGAUUGUGACACACACAUCGACUGGGCUUCUGAAGCUCUAGGUUGUCUCCCAGAGGCUGUUAACCUUUGGAUUGGUAAUGAUCUCUCCGAGACAUCCUUCCACAAAGACCAUUAUGAAAAUCUUUAUGCAGUUGUUUCCGGAGAGAAACAUUUCGUUUUAUUUCCACCUACUGAUGUUCAUCGGUUGUAUAUUCGUCCAUAUCCUGCUGCAAAUUACUCAUACCGUCAGGAUACUGGAGAGUUCAAAUUGGAACUUGAAGAUCCUGUAAGACAUGUCCCUUGGUGCAGUGUGAAUCCUUUUCCAUCUCAAGGGAGAGAGGAGAAGGAACACAAAGAAUAUCCUUUGUAUUUCAAUGGGCCAAAGCCAUUUGCGUGUACGGUUAAGGCUGGAGAGAUGUUAUACUUGGUAUGAUAUGCAGUUUGAUAUCAAAUAUGCGUAUUUCAACUUUUUGCAAUCGUUUGAUCCUUCCAUUUGAAGGCAUUGUUUCGAUAAUUUGUUGCCUGACGAGCGAGGCAUUUUGGUCGAGAUGAAAUGUAUUUUUAUCAAUUAGUUUGUAGGAAAUAGAUUGCUUUGUACACAGGGAAAGGUUUUUUACUUGACAAAAAAUUUUCCCUUCAUCAUUUUUUCAUUGUAUACAAACCCUGAAUAUUAUUGGAAGCUAAGGCUGCCUCUUGUAUUGUUUUAGAAAACAAAAAAGAACUUUUCUUUAUAUUGAUGAACAAAUAAAUUGAUGAUGAGAUUUUUUUUUUUAUGAAAAUGUAUAU